AUGCCUCUCUGGAGAAUCUACGCCCAUCCCGACACCUUCACUCUUGAUCAGAAGAGAGAUAUUGCCGCCGCAAUAACGAAACAUUAUGAUGUCCUACCAGUCUUUUACGUCGAUGUCAUCUUUGUCGAUUGCAAAGAGGGGAAUGUAUGGGUUGGUCUAGAAUCAAAGACGAAUUUUGUUCGUGUUGUCGUAGAACAGAUUGCACGGGCAAUGCCAAGUCCAGACACUGCAGAAGGUCGAGCAUGGCGUACUGGAUGGAUGGACAAGAUUAACGAGACUCUUCGUCCAUACAUACUCGACAGAAAGGAGCUUGACUGGGAAAUGCAUAUCUCAGAGACUCCGCGGGACCUGUGGCGUGUUCAAGGCAUCGAUCCCCCGCCAACGGAUUCUGAGGCAGAAAAGUCUUGGAAGGCAAAGAAUUACGCUCAUCCCUACUAA